CAACACCGUAGGGGAGAAAAAACAUUUGACAUUUGACAGUGUUUCUUUUAUGAUUCGUGAAUUAUUUCCACAAUGUCUACGAAAGCAGAGCAAUUUGCCUCUAAGAUACGAUACUUGCAAGAGUAUCACAACCGUGUGCAACACAAUAUUUACCCCGUGCCCUCCGGAACAGACAUUGCAAAUACACUGAAAUACUUUUCCCAAACCUUGCUCAGCGUUCUGCGUGAUGCCCCGCCAGACCGCGGGGGGCAGGGGCAGCAGAGUCGGGACGCUCAGCUCUCAGAGUACCCCUCUCUGGACUAUCAGGGGCUCUAUGCGACCCUCGUGACCCUGCUUGACCUGGUGCCCCUGCUGCAGCACGGUCAGCAUGAUCUGGGACAGUCCAUAUUUUACACAACAACUUGCCUCCUGCCCUUUCUCAGUGACGAUAUUCUCAGCACUUUACCCUACACUAUGAUCUCCACUUUAGCUACAUUCCCCCCAUUCCUGCACAAAGACAUCAUUGAGUACCUGAGCACCUCUUUCCUCCCCAUGGCUGUAUUGGGUUCCACUAGAAGAGAAGGGGGCGUUCCAGCAUAUGUCAAUCUCUCUGCCUCCUCUAUGCUAAUGAUUGCUAUGCAGUACACCUCCAACCCAGUAUACCACUGUCAGUUGUUGGAGUGUCUUAUGAAGCACAAGCAGGAAGUGUGGAAGGACCUGCUGUAUGUCAUAUCCUACGGACCAUCCCAAGUAAAGCCUCCAGCCGUGCAGAUGCUCUUUCAUUACUGGCCAAACCUAAAGCCCCCAGGAGCCAUCAGUGAAUACAGAGGCCUGCAGUACACUGCCUGGAACCCCAUCCACUGCCAACACAUUGAGUGUCACAAUGCCAUCAAUAAACCUGCCGUCAAGCUGGAAGCACAACAUUAA